AUGUCCUCGAGUUUCCUUCCUUCAUCUGCUGCGAUGGUCGCAGCGCCCACAGCGACACCUAUUCCGGAGGAGGAGGAAUACUACUCUUCGUGGUCGCUGUUUCUUGUCUGCUCCUUGUUAAUUCUGUCGCUAUGGACCUCGUAUUACCUCCAAAUCAAACGCAUACGCGCUAUUCACGAGACACUCGUCGCAAUCGUCGCUGGGAUGAUCGUGGGGUUGGUUGUGCGACUGGCGCCGGGAACAAUGAUUCGGGAGAUGUUGACAUUCAAAAGCACGCUCUUCUUUAAUCUGCUACUGCCGCCAAUCAUUCUCAAUUCUGGGUAUGAGCUUAAGCAGGAAAACUUCUUCCGCAACUUUGGCUCCAUACUCACAUUUGCCUUCAUGGGUACAUUGAUCUCGGCCGUCGGAGUCGGGGUACUCGUGUACAUCUACUCGUUCUUGGGGCUUGAGUCACUAGACUUGACACUGAUUGAAUGCUUGACGUUCGGAUCGACACUGUCUGCGACGGAUCCGGUGACCAUUUUGGCUAUCUUCAAUCAGUACAAGGUAGACCCAAAAUUAUAUACGGUCAUCUUCGGUGAGAGCCUGUUGAAUGAUGCGGUCAGUAUCGUUAUGUACGAAACAUUGACACAGUUCCACGGCACGGAGAUCUACCUGGGAUCCAUCUUCCAUGGUAUCGGCAUUUUCUUACUGUCAUUCAGCGUAUCGAUGGCGCUCGGCGUCGUCUUCGGCCUUGGAAUGUCGCUUCUCCUAAAACACUCCUCGCUCAACCUGUACCCGUCUAUCGAGUCCUGUCUCGUCGCACUGUCAGCGUACACGUGCUACUUCUUCUCGAACGGGCUGUCAAUGUCCGGGAUCGUGUCACUGCUCUUCUGCGGAAUCACCCUGAAACACUAUGCAUACCACACGAUGUCACGUCGCACACAGCGGGCGACCAAGUACAUUUUCUCGACGCUAGCACAGCUGUCGGAGAACUUCAUCUUCAUAUACCUCGGCCUGUCGCUGUUUACCAGCGCCCCUUCGUCAGAGAAGGUUACAAACUACGUGAAACCGCUCUUCAUUACGAUCACGACCGUCGCCGUCGUGUUCACGCGUUACGCUGCAGUGUUUCCGCUGUCGGAGUUGAUCAAUUUUUUCCAUCGGCAUGCGCGCGGCCAGCGACAGGAGGAGCUGCCUCAUUCCUAUCAGAUGAUGAUAUUCUGGGCUGGUCUCCGCGGCGCGGUCGGUGUCGCGCUCGCAGCUGGGUUCAAGGGCGACAACGGGCAGACGCUCCGCACUACUGUGCUCGUCGUGGUUGUGCUCACGGUGGUUGUAUUCGGCGGUACCACGGCGCGUAUGCUCGAGGUACUGGGCAUUCGCACAGGUGUCGAAGAUGACGAAGCGAGCAGCAGCGACGAGGAUGAAGCACCUCUGGGCAGUGCGGCUUGGUACUCCAGGAACAGCAACCACUGGGGGAGGUAUAUGGAAGAAGAUGAAGCAGGAUAUUUCGCAGCGCAGCAGCAAUCCACGGGGUAUGGAGGACGAGCGGGGAGCAUUGGUGUGCAUUACGAGCCACGCGCGCCCAGCAGCUACAACCACCACGCGCAAACUCCAGUCGCGUCCGUCAGUAACAACGCGAUUUUCUCCGCUGCGUCGUCGGAGUCGUACGACUCCGAUGGGGGUGAAGUCCUGCCACUGGCGAAUACUUCAAUGGGAGAGCUCUCUCCUGGCGGCCGCCGCAAGUCCCGAAACCUCGACGCUCCACCUGCGAAUGGCGGCGAGGCUGCUCCUCCUGUUGUUUCCGAGGACGGCAAAUGGUUCCAGGUACUAGACGAAAGGUACCUGUUACCGCUAUUCUCGAAUGCCACCGCCAGCCGGACGUUCCACGCGCGACGCGCGCGGCGGGUGUCAGGUAUGAGCGCGGCUGCCAGCAGCAGACAGGGUACACCGGCUCAUUCUGACGACGAGGGCGAUGAAGGUGUCGAAGUGGACCUGUCGACCACGGAUCCGGGUGCAUCGCGAGACUUUCCUCCGAGCCCUCGCGUGUUGGACGAAAGCCGCACGGAACGCGGGCUCGCGAGCCCAAUGUUGCGGCGGGAUAGUGAAGGACAGAACCGCGACCGUGUGUCAUGA